UCUGAUGAAAGCGGAGGGCUGUACGUGUCUAAAUACAUGUCAGACAGAGAUCUUCUGAAGCUCUAUUGUGAUCGACUGACACCAUGCAGGAUCUGGGAGAGUUUCUGCUUUUCCUCACUCUGAUUUGUGCCGGAUCACAUGUUCAUGGAAGUGCCAUCAUCAAUGGGGAUCUUGCUCCAGAAGACUCCAUGCAGUUCAUGGUGUCUGUCCAGAGCAAAAAAGGUCAUGUGUGUGGAGGCUUUCUCAUCGAAGAGGACUUUGUGGUCACUGCUGCUCACUGCAACUUAGAACUGACGCAUGUCAUUCUGGGAGGACACAACUGGAAGAACCCCAGUGCCAAGAAAAUUGAAAUAAUCAACCAAUGCAAGCACCACUACAAAGAAACUAUGUCAGGUCAUGACAUCAUGCUCCUUAAAUUGGCCAAAAAAGCUCCAAAGGGCAACAAUAUUAAAACCAUUCCACUUGCAGAGAUGAACAUGAACUUGAAAGAAAAUCAGCUGUGCUCUGUGGCUGGAUGGGGCAAGACGAAGAACAGGGGCCACUCUGUGGAUGCCCUGAGGAUGGUGAAUGUGACCAUCAUAGAUCAGACGACCUGUAAGAAGAGUUGGCCCAAACUUCCCAACAAUGUGAUCUGUGCAGGUGGAUUUAAAACUAAAAAAGGAUUCUGUCAGGGGGACUCUGGAGGUCCUCUGGUGUGCAGUGGCAGAGCAGUUGGCAUUGUCUCUUUUAACAAAGAGGAAAACUGCAAAUACCCAGAUGUGCCGAACGUCUACACGGACAUCAGAGGUUAUGUAAAGUGGAUCAAAGACAUCACCUCAAAGAAGACGUGCCUCAUGUGAACCAAUAUGACCACGUUUGACUCCAGCAGAGGCAGUUUUCUGGCUCAUUUAAAAACAAAUCUGUCUUUCAAAAGACUUUUGAAUCGUUUUAGCCAAUAAAUAAACAAAAAACAAUUAUUUUACUCUUUGUAAGUUAUUUAAAGUAUCAGCUGUUUGACGUGCUAAAUUUGAGAACAUUUCUUACAGUUUUAGACAUGGAGUCCUUAUGAAAAAAUGAUGCACAAUAGCUGACUUUUUUUACUGAAUAAGAAGAAAAAAACUUCCUGCAGAAAACAUGAAACCGUGCCAGCAGAACCAAUGAAAACCGUUUCCUUCAAUUCGCACUCCAAUCAUCUUCUGAUCUGUUUCCAUGGCGUUGCCAAUGUUUUUUUUUUAAUUCUGAUGAUGUAGCUUUUAGCCAAAAUUAAAAAAAAAUUGUGUUAUUUUGAAGACCAGGGGUCACAAACACAGUGGCUGCGGGCACCAGGGUGCCCCCAAGGACCACACAGUUGGACGCAGGUCUCUUAGAAAUAGCACAACUCACUGGCUAGCUGCGUCUAAAAUAACAUUUUAUUCUGUUGCUAUUUUUUUUAAUUAUACUUGCAUUGACAUACAUUUAAAAAUUAAAAUGUCUUAAAAAUAUGCACAUGAUACAUAAACUUCAUAUAAAUUUUGGUGACCUCAGACCUACUCCACUUCAAAGAUUAAUAAUUUUGUUACAAAUGCGGCAGAUUUUUUCAUUAGUUCAAAAUGUGACAAGAUUUGUUUAAAAAGUGUACAUUGAUUUUCAUUGAAAAUAGGACCUUUUCUCCGUGAAAUUUAGUGAUGUAAGGGAUCAUCUGAAAAUGUAACAAUUACUGAGAUUAAUAAAGUUCUGAAUUUUGCUUUAUGUUUCAUUGUGAGAAAUCAGUGUCUUCAGGAGUAUCAUUAUUCAAUAUUCAUAAUUAGGGAUGUACAGAUUCAGUCAAGCCACAAUUCAAUUCAAUUCACAGCUUUAAAGUCACAAUUUCAUUUUUUUUUUACUGAUUUUUUUUUAAGCACAUGACUUAAAAAACAUAUGAA